AAUAUAUUCUGCGAGAUAAAUCAACUGGCAUGUAUGUAUCUGAUUCUAGGCCAAUAAUGUUAACUGUUGAAAUAAGAGCUCGAGGAAGUCAAUUUUCCUACCUAGACCUAGCUAAUUAAGCGCGAAAUAAGCUUCAUAGAAAUGUCUGCUUGCAAGAGAGCCACUGUAUGUGACGAAUAUGUAAUUUACGAGCUAUUUAUUCGUGUACUGUCCUAUUUAACCGAGGAAGAGGUUUUAUUUUCAAACCUCCCGCUAAUCUGGGCCAUUAUGUCCGAGGCCGCCUGAACUAGCCGGAAAGAGCGGUCUCCAUGGAAACCUCGAGGCACAAACUUUUUUUCAGUUGAUGUCAGUUUUUCCCAAACAUGAAUGGAGAUAGCGACUACAGCAAAUACGAUUUGGCACGCCUGCAGGAAGAACUUGAGCAAGAGAGGGAAAUGAAAGAAAUGCUUGAUGAGUCGGUGUCUGAUCUGCGGAGCACCAUGUGUGAACUGCAAGAAAGACUGCACAGUGUUGAUGGGGAAGGAAAUGAGUGGAAGACAAGGUAUGAGACACAGACUGAGCUAAAUGGACAGUUGGACAGACAGAUGUCACUCAUUCACGAGAGACUGGAGGACCUACGAGGAAACCCCAUGGAUCGAUUGGCCUCCAUCCGAAUUUAUGAUGACAUGCUGGUAGAAACAUUGAGACAGCGUCUGAAGCUCCUGACUGAAGAGAAGUCUGACCUCCAGAGUCAGCUGAUGGACUGUCGCAGCAAAAUUGAACAGGAAGGAAAGGCAUUUCAUAAAACCAAUGAUGAGAGGCGGGCAUACCUUUCAGAAAUUGCUAAGCUGUCCUCCACCCUUGAAGCCCAACGAAAACAGUACUCCGCCCAGCCACAGAGGGCAUCCAAGAGCAAACAGAGGAGAGAGAGGCAGACCAGCAGGAAGGCAGAGGCUGAUUCUAAGAAAGAAAAAGAGAGAGACGAAGAUGGAGGAGGAGCGUGUUUGAAAGUAGGAGGUGGUGGUGGUGGAGCAACAGCAGAGAGAAGAGAAGAGAAGAAAUCUCAAAGGGCGAGCUGGUUACCCAGCCUAAAGGACUACCUAAAACACAAUCCCUAACCCAAACCUGGUCAUUAUUAUUUCCUUGCACGUUUCUUUGUUUCAACAAAAUGAGUAGCUAUAAGGAGAAAUAUUUAAGAGGGAGGAAUAUUACAGGCUUUGAGUGCAGUAAGGUAGUCUCCUAAUGUGGGAAGCCUGCUGAGUCUGACAUUUCUUGUGUCACUGCAAUUUUUUUCAAAACACUCCUAUGACUUGCAAUACGUAAGUAACAUCGACCACUCUCUCCGCAUGUAGUUCCCACCCAGUGACCGCCUUUAGGUGUAAGAAAACUGUAUUCAGUAGUAAAUAGAAACAUUGCCAGAAGCUGUUUGUGUUUGUGAAGAAGUGUGGAGGAUGGGUUCACUUCUUGUCAGCCUCAGAACAUUGAAUUGAAACGUUAUCUUAUACCAAAGACAUGGUCUCAUAGGCAAAAACAGCAUGAAUUCAUCAUUUUGUCUCGUCCCUUAAGCUUUAUCAAUGUAGCAGUUUUCUUGUUCACCGAGUGCAAUGACAUCAUAUUAAUUAGCUCAUGGAUUGUGACCUAAAAUUGGGUUUUGAGACAAAGAGGUCAUAGAAUAAUUCAUAAAGGUAAAUUAUGCAUUACCUACUCUGAGACUAUAUGUCCAAGGCUGGCAUGGCAGUGUGUUGUAGUGACAAGGGAACUGGCCUUUAACUAGAAGGGAAAAGAUCAAGCCCCAGUGUCAACAAACAUCACACCAGCUGAACUGUCCUAUAGCAUGACACUGAAUGCUCAACCCCCUUCAAUUUGCUGUGAGGAAAAUGUUCUUACAUUAAUUAAUGGAAAUAUAUUUUUAGUGACAAAUAUGGGUUUAAAAGUAUGAGUCCACCCAAGAUCACUUCAAUGUGAUGAUUAAAAAAAAAGUCAUCAGAUUGUUGUGAAGCUGUAUAUAGACAAUAACACAGACGCAUAUGAAUAUGAGAAUGUUUCCUUUAAGCUCUAUAUUUGGAUGUAAUAUGACAUUUUCUAUGAUAUCACACAGUCUACACAACACAACUAAUUUAUCCUUCCAUUCAUUCAAUAAACCAACUGCUGUAACGCUAUAAUUACGAGUCCCGGGAGACAUUUGUUUGUAUUUGCUGGUAUUGACUUUAAUGUCUUAAAUCAUUGGAACAGCGCAGUGUGAAUUCUGUUUUAGGGUGUACUUUCCCUUUAGACAUCCAUUCAUAUUUUUAAUAUGGUUGGCUGACUCUGUGUACAAUCCUAAAUGCGCUGCAGUGACAGGUUGUUUGUCUUAGAUUAAUGACUUAAUUUAAAGAUGGCUGGCCCAUGGUGCCUUUUGAAAGAGCACAUUUACAGCACACCACUCUCUUCCUCUUCUCUGUUUCAUGCACAAGCUUUAGUACAACUGCACCUGGCCCAUGAAUCACACUGCCACAGAGUAACCACCUAGAUGUCUUCUGCUGACAGGUGAAACACGGUGACAAAUCCCUACAGUAUCUGUCAAAGCACAACGAGUCACCCUACUGCACAUGCUAAUUGAGUAAGUUUCUCUAUCUGUACUCAUAAUGAGUAUGGUGCACAUAAUUUAUGUGUAGAUGCAAGUGCGUGUGUAUACUGUAAGAGACUCAUUUGCAAGUGUGUAUGCGUGCAUUCACAUGAUGGACUACCUUAAAACCUGUAAACUGUCAGAAAGAGUGACAGACUUUUACGGCCGUCCCUAUGUUCCAACACCAUAUUGCGUUGUGUGGAAUUGUAGCAUAAAGAUGCAGUGAUUCAUGACAGAAUGGAAAGAGUAUCUUUGUAGCAUCUGUCAACCGUCUGAGUGGGUUUUUAAAUGUCUCUCCUGGGCUGUGAAAUUCAGAUGCAUUUAAUUUUCGGAAUUAUUCCAGGAGGGAUUCACCACAAUACCAAUCUAUCCAUCCCCAUCUGAAUGAGCUCCAACUUUGUGUUUGUUAUCAUACAGAAUGUGUUAGCAGAGAUGUGCUAAAUUGUGCGUUUACUUAUGGGUUUAUAGUGUCUCUGAAACAACUUUUAGAGACAAAAAGUGAUAAAUUACUGAGAGAUGGUCUUGGCAUACCAAAGUAAUCUCUGUCCUUAUUUUGAGGGAGAGCAGAUCAUAAAACCCUCACACAUUAAAUGUGGCCACAAAGGCACUUUGAUGCCUUACACACAAAUGCCAAAAUUCUCCAUCUCUUUAUAUACAAGUCAAUUGAAUCUCAGGAAAUUGCCUUGUCAUGCUCCAGGAGCAAACGCUAUGAAGAAUUGCACCCAUUUUAUUACUUGUAUGGAUCCCAAUCUUCUAUCAUUCUGAUUUUAUUUGGGCCAGUCAGUAAUUAUUUAGCUGCAAUGCUGAUCCAAAUGUGGAUGCAGAUUAACUGUUAUAUUCUGUAUGCUCAGUUACUUGGAAAGUUGCAAGCAUAUUUUAUCCAAUAUCUUACAGAGUUGCACUCCAGACUGAAUCUGCUUUAACCUCUAAAAUGGUACAAAUGUAUUCACGGCAUUGCUAUAAUCCAUUCAUUUUUACAUCUCCCCUUCUUAUUUAAAUACAUGUGGACAUAACAAAUAUCAGAUUUGACUUGCAAAUUCUUAGGCAUUAAGAAUAGAAAUUAGACCAUGGUCCUGCUGUUAAGUCCUUCACUGUGUCCUCCAUCUUUCUUGGUCUAAAGAAACAUUCCCCCAUGUGUGCUGUUUCCCCAGGAUUCAUUUAGACAGAACACCUUGUCAGCCCUCAGUUUGUCACUGGGUCCUUGUGUGUGUCUCCCCAAAAUAGAAAAAUCUGUGUGGAGGAAUUUUUUUUCUCCACUUUUUGUCACUGUUUCAGAUUCUGAUGCAUUCAUGUGCAUAUAGUCGAACAGAAGCAGUCAACAAAGAUACAAUCACAUACUGUAUUUGACCAUUACGAUGUCAGAAAUAUUCAUGUAAGUUCUGGAUUAGUUAAACCAAAUGGUAUUAUGAUAUGUGACCUUUUAAAAGAAGCAUUAAACAAAUGUCACAAACAUUACAUAAAUACAAAGAAAGUGAAGCAUUUUACAUAAUAAAGCUAUGACAUGUUCAACAUGUAAAUCAAUGUAUUCCACCUGUUAAACCCCUGUUAAUACAUCUAUAGAAGGGCAGUAUUUUAAGAGACUGGGGCUGCAACUUUCACCAUCACUGGCACAGAUAAAUACACACACACACACACACACACACA